UAGACGGCGCUAUUUUGCCCUACUUGUCCUUCUACUUUGUAUAUCCUUUUUUUUUUCUUUUCACUAAUAUCUUCAUACUUUAAUUUCUUCCUCAUGGAGGCUGUACAAUCCUUUGUCGCCUCACUCUGGCAAUCUGUCGGCUUCUGGAAAGCCGCAGCCAUCUUCUUCGCCUUGCUGAACCUGAAAACACUACCAAUCGUGUGGCAUAUCCGGGUGUACCGGUACUUCUUCAAACAUGGCUACCUCAUCACGCCAGCCGUCGAACAACCCCCUCGUCCCUCGACCGAGCUCCUGAAACCCGUCAGCAUCUUCUCCCGCGCGCCCAUCAUGGAACUCGACUUCAACAUGCACAAGUCCAACUCUACUUAUUUCUCCGACCUCGAUGUCUCCCGUACCGCUCUGAUGUCGAGCAUUGUGGUGAAAGGGGCGGCGCUCUUGGAGAAGAAUUUGAAAUCGGAAGGAAAGAAGGGUCCGUUGGGAUUCAUCCUUGGCAGCGUCUACACCAACUUCAAGAGAGAGAUCCCGGCCUACAUGAAGUAUGAGGUGAAGUCGCAUGUUGCCAGUUUCGACCAGAAGUGGAUCUAUAUUAUCACCUACUUCCUCAAGCCGGGCAAGGGAUCAUCGAAGAAGGGCCAGGACGAGAGUGAGGCCCAGAAAAAGAGGCUGCUUGCGGUGUCGAUCAGUAAAUACGUGCUCAAGAAGGGUCGGUACACGGUUCCUCCUAAGGAUGCGUUCGAAGCUGCGGGAUACACUCCUCUGCUGGACACGAGUGUGGCCAACGGACACGCGACCGGUGUGGAAAAUGGACAUGCCAACGGUGCUGCCGUUCAACGACAGGAGACUGCCGAUGGCAAGUCCGAUGAGUGGGACCGUUUGAAGGCGGAGAUUGAUCGGGGAUUGACCAUUGUCGAGCCCUUCAUUGACCAGGAGGACAAGCUCAUGGAGGACUAUGUUCACAAGAUGAGUCUGCCGGGAUUUGCAUAGAGUUAUAGACGACUAGACCUUUGGUUUGUAUGAUAGAAUUUGCUUUUCGGGGUUUGAUUGGGCAUAGAUUCAUUGCGAUAUACCAGGAGUUGUUUGCAUAUUGCCGUCGCGAAUAUCACAUUACUAUUUCUCUGAA